AUUUUAAACUACGACUUGAACUCCACAUCAAACACAUUCCGCGACUUCUGUUUCGUCUCCAGCAACUCUCUCUCUCUCUCUCUCUCUCUCUCUCUCUCGCUCUGUGUCUAGGUACAUAAACUAGUGUAGAUAGGAUAGGAAGAUGGAGAGCAGGUGGAGGAGGGAGGGGACAGUAGCGUGCGCAUCGUGGAUCCGGCGGCCGGAAAACGCGCAUCUGGCGGUGGUGGGGAAGGCGAGGCAGCAUCGCGAUCAGCCGUCGCAACUCCAGAUCUUCUCCUUCGAUUCCAAGUCCUCUUCUCUCUCUUCCUCUCCAUUGGAUACAUAUGUGAUUGAAGAAGGCGACCCUGUGAGUAUCGUUGUGCACCCCAGCGGAGACGACUUCAUUUGCUCUACCACUACUGCUGGCUGCAAAUGGUACGAGUUGGAUGGCCAAGAAGCAAAUAUUAAACUGGUGGCCAAAGAAUUAGUUCACCUCCAAGGUGCUGGCUUGCAGAAGUUAGCUUUUAGUGUCGAUGGAUCUAGAUUUGCUAGUGGUGGGGUGGAUGGACAUCUCAGAAUCUUUGAAUGGCCAACCCUGCGCAUCAUUUUAGAUGAACCAAGAGCUCACAAUUCCUUCCAAGAUAUGGAUUUUAGCCUAGACUCAGAGUUCUUAGCUACAACGUCUACUGAUGGUUCUGCAAGGAUAUGGAAGACAAAUGAUGGUGUUCCAUUGACUUCUUUAACUCGUAACCCGGAUGAGAAGAUAGAACUAUGUCGGUUUUCCAAGGAUGGGACGAAACCGUUUCUGUUUUGCACCGUUCAAAAAGCUAGUAGAGCAGUCACUGCUGUUUGGGACAUGAGUACAUGGAACAGAAUUGGGCACAAGAGACUACUUAGAAAACCUGCGUCAAUAAUGUCCAUCAGUCUUGAUGGGAAAUAUCUUGCUCUAGGAAGCAAAGAUGGGGAUAUAUGUGUAGUUGAAGUAAAAAAAAUGGAGAUCUGCCACUGGAGCAAGAGGCUGCACUCAGGCUCAUGCAUUGAGUCACUUGAGUUCUCUCCUAGUGAAAGGGUUGUGCUCACUACUUCUAAAGAAUGGGGAGCUAUGGUGACUAAGCUAAAUGUUGCUGCAGAUUGGAAAGAGUGGCAGAUAUAUUUGCUUCUUUUGGGAUUGUUUUUGGCAUCGGUGGUUGCAUUUUACAUAAUCUUUGAGAAUUCUGAUUCAUUUUGGAACUUCCCCCUUGGGAGAGAUCAAGCUGCAAGACCAAAGAUUGAAGCUAUAUUAGGAGACCCACAGUCUGAUGAUCAAAAUAUGUGGAGUGCAUUUGGACCAUUAGAUAUGUGAGGAGCUGUUGUAUUCAUCAGUCGGUAGUUAUUGGAGUUUAGAUUGGCCAUCAGUUUGCAAGGCUUUUUUUUAUUGACCAGCCAUUGUUGGGCCAUUAACAUGUAGUUUAUUUUAUUUAUUUUUAAAGGAAAAGUGUAUUUGAGGGAGGGAAUUCCUGGUCCCCAUAAUUUUAUUGUUUGAAAAUUUGAAAGGUGAUUUAUGAUUACAUACCCAACAUAAAUUCAUGCAACCUGAUGUGGUAUUUGAUAAUACAAUUCAAUUAAUGUAAAUGUAUUUGGUGACUA